AUGGAGAUGGGUGCAGACUCUUCCUGUGAAAUAUACUGCAUCAUUGAUGCGCUUGACGAAUGUGAGCCCAACUCACAACAAACCAUAUUGCGUCAGAUAUAUCAGUCCUUUGCAAGGCGAGGAGCCAGAUAUUCAUUCUCACCUGGCCCUUAUAUCCUGAUCACUAGUCGACCAUACCCUGAAAUUGGUGAGAAUUUGUCUCACUUUAGAUGUAAAGACCUAGGAUCCUACAGUGCAGUCAAGAAGGAUAUCAAAAUCAUGAUAGACGAAAAGGUUCAUGACUUGUCUAAGAGAAAGAAUUACCCCAAGAGAGUAAUUGAAGAGGUAUCCCAAAUUUAG